UUGUUCUCCACUGUUUGUUUUUCUUGUUUCUUUUCGUUUUGUUUUUAGGUCUUUGGAUACUUAGCUACUUUUUCUAUUUCCCCGUAUGUUUUGGUUAUCGGCUUGUUUGCUCAGUUACUUGUAACUUCUUUUGUUGUUUACUCUGCUUGCUCGGUAGCUGCCAACUUCUUUGUUAGGUUUCCGAAUAUUAGAAUACUGCGUUUUCAGGUAAUGCUUAGAUCGAAGCUACUUGCUCGGUUUCUUCAAUGUGCUUCCUUUCUCUUGAUUCAAGCAAGUUUUGGUUUCUUCGUUUGCGUCUGUGUGUGUUUUUAUUUCUAGUGACUAUGGAUUCAGGUUUGCGUUAUUUUUUCGGUUCCAUUGUGAACAUUUUUAGUUUAUACUAAGUUUGGGAUUUCACUGGAGGGAUUUGAUUUUUCAAGUCUAUUUUUUGUUUGAUUUAUAUAUUUUCCUUUUGGGGGGUUUUAGAACAUUUAUCCUGUUGGAAUGGGAAAGUCUCCGGGGAAAUGGAUCAAGUCUAUUCUUCUAGGGAGGAAAUCAUCAAAGUCUAAGCUGUCGAAACAAAAUGAUAUUUUGAAAUCUGCCAAUAACGGAGGGAUAUUGGUUUCUUCUAAAGCACCUCAAUCUGAUAUAACUGCGGAUCAUUCAACAGUUCCACAACUGGCUCCUUUGGUUGGUGUCGCAAUUGGAGUGGAUUCUGAGAAUGUAGUAGCUGCUAAGUUGCCAAAUGAAGGGUUUGCUUCUCUUGGUGCACAAGAAGAUAAGAAUGCAGAAGAAGGCACAAAUUUGGAUUCACAAGAAGAUCAUGAGAGAAUCAGGCAUGAAACAGCUGCCACAAAGGCACAGGCAGCUUUUAGAGGUUAUCAGGCUCGGCGUGCAUUUCGAUCACUUAAAGGCAUUAUAAGGCUACAAGCACUUAUCCGUGGUCACUUGGUUAGAAGACAAGCUAUUGCUACCUUAUGCUGUGUGUGGGCAAUUGUUAAACUUCAGGCACUGGCUCGUGGUAAAAAGAUUAGACGUUCUUCUGUUGGGAUUGAAGUACAGAACGCAUGCAACCUGGGAAAAAUUCAGGGCACUGUAUGUUCAGAUUCUUCUGGAAUAUGUACCUCUACUCUGUCAGAGAAGCUGAUAAAGAAUGCGUUCACUGUGAAGCUUUUGGCUUCAUCAUAUGGUUCAAGACCUCUAAGUCUCCAAUAUAGUCCCGAGGAACAUAACUCAUCUAGGGAAUGGCUUGAGCGCUGGACAAAAUUACGGUUCUGGGAAUCGUAUGCACAGCAAAAGAAGAAUGCUGAGAAUGAUAUGGUUCAAAAAGUAGAAACUGGGCAAGGCAGGCGAAAACGAAGUGUACGGAAACUAUCCCAUGCUAAUGCUGAGAACAGUUCUGGUCAUUCAAAUAAAGAUUCUGAAAAACCAAAACGCAAUCCAAGAAAACUUUCAAGCCACCCAACAGAUUCAGUUCAGGAACAAUCUCAAAAUGGAAUUGAGAAAGUAAAUCGCAGUACAAGAAAAGUUUCUGAUUCUACAAAGGAGGCACGUGAAAGAUUAGAUGUUGAUAAUGGGAAACCAAAGCGCAGUGUUAGGAAGUCAUCUACUGUCACUUCCCCUGAAGUUCGAGAGAGCACUAAUGAUAUGGUGGUUGCAAAAGCAUCUAAUGUUGAUGCAAUUACAAAACUUCCUGCUGUAGCUGGUCAUGUGGGCGCAUUACAGGAGCACCAUGAUUUGGACUCACAGCCUAUGGGAAACAAUAGUAAACUUGAGGAUAUUCAAGAGGUAGUUAAGCAAUUAAACCAUGAGGAAUAUGAUACAGGCAAUGAGAAUCAGAAAAUCAGUGAUAGAAGAGCUUCAUUUCCUCUAAAUAUUGAGAAUCAGGAGAAUGGAGUUCGUAGUACACCAAAAGUGCCUAGCUAUAUGGCACCCACUGAAUCUGCAAGAGCUAAGCUGAGAGGACAAGGAUCCCCUAGAUUUUCUCAAGAUGCAAUUGAGAAUAUUGGUAUUACCAGAAGGCAUUCUCUGCCAUCUUCUACCAAUGGCAAGUUGGCUUCAAUGUCUCCACGAGCACAAAAACUGGUCAAUUCUGCUGGCAAAGGAGGGAUGAGAAGUGACAGAUCUCUAUCUGGUUCCAGAGAUGGUUCUGUUUCAGAUAAGGCGGUUAAAGCAGACUGGAGGAGGUGAUUUUGCAUGAGAAAUGCUCCAUAGGGAUGUUAUACUGCAGUUCAGGUAAAAGAACAAAGAAAAUGUGAUUUUUUUACCGUACAUUCUGCAAGCUAGAUGAUAAUUCUCUUAGGUUUGUUAAUCCUGUUUAUGUAAUUUUCAUAGUAAUUUUGAGCUGGGGCAUUAUGGUGUUGCAUAUUUAAAGGUCAUUGUUUAUGGGUUGCUCUUAAUUCCCUCAUGCUGUGUAACUCUUUUUUCUUUUUCCAUGUACUGAUUCUCCCACAAAACCUGUAAUUUUUUGCUUUGGUUCUUGAAAAGUGGAGAGCUACCCUAGUCUAAUUGGUUAGUCUUAUUUCCGUUUUGAUGUUUUCGAGUCAGAAUGAAGGGUUUGACAUUUAUAUUUCAAUAUUGUGCUGCUACUCAUUUGGUCU